UAUUCAAAAUCGUAUCGGGGCACGUAUCGCAAUGUUGAGCAAUCUACCGGCCGAUAUAAGCCCACAUUUGCGGAUGAAAGCCGAGAUUGAGCUUCGUGCGUUGAGGUUGCUUAAUCUUCAAACACAGAUUCGAUCGGAGGUGAUGAAUGCGUUGAAGCGAGAUACGACCUUGGAGACAUCACUGAACCCGUACGCAUACAGACGUAUCAAAAGACAGUCGUUACGCGAAGCUCGUGUCACCGAAAAAUUGGAGAAGCAACAGAAAGUUGAGCAGGAGAGGCGCCGUAGACAAAAGCACACGGACUUGUUGCAAGCCAUCGUACAACACGCAAAAGAGUUCAAAGAAUUCCAUCGUAACAAUCAGGUUCAU